CGCUGUUCGAGCUGCACACUCUCUGGUAUCACUGUCCAUUAUUAUUAUUAUUAUAUCGGUGCUCGACCCUUCUGCGGUAUUUCCGGCGCUUUCGGGGUCCCUGCUUGCGGAGUCUUGUCUUUAAAGACCCAACAAUGUCCUACAUUUUUGUCAACGACUCCUCUCUGACCAAUGUGCCGCUGCUUCAAGCAUGUAUCGAUGGUGACUUCAACUACUCCAAACGCCUGCUGGAGAGCGGUUUUGACCCAAAUAUCCGCGACAUCCGGGGACGCACCGGUCUUCACCUGGCUGCCGCCAGAGGGAACGUAGACAUCUGCCAGCUCUUGCACAAGUUUGGUGCCGACCUGCUGGCUACGGACUACCAGGGGAACACAGCCUUGCAUAUGUGUGGCCACGUGGACACUAUACAGUUCCUUGUAUCUAAUGGACUUAAGAUUGACAUUUGCAAUCACCAAGGCGCCACUCCACUUGUCCUGGCAAAGCGCAGGGGAGUGAACAAAGAAGUCAUCCGAAUGCUGGAAUCUCUGGAGGAGCAAGAAGUGAAAGGCUUCAACAGAGGCACUCACUCUAAGCUAGAAGCCAUGCAGACAGCCGAGAGCGAAAGGUAUGUCCAAUGCUCUGAGCUUCUAAUGGAAAAGGGACACAACACUCUGUCCGAAGGAUCCCCCGAGGAAGACUGUGCAAUGGAAAGUCACUCCCUCCUAAAUCCAAACUUGCAGCAGGGGGAAGGAGUCCUCUCCAGUUUCCGCACCACCUGGCAGGAGUUUGUGGAAGAUCUGGGGUUCUGGAGAGUGCUUCUUCUCCUCAUCGUCAUCGCCUUGCUUUCCCUGGGUAUAGCAUACUACGUCAGCGGGGUGCUUCCAUUUGUGGAGAAUCAGCCUGAAUUAGUGCAUUAGGACAUGGGGCGAUCCCAUUGGGGGGUAAUCUGUUCCUCAAUUCCCAAUCCAAUGGCAUCUGUAUAUGCUGAAUUCAUGCAUAGAACCAUUUUUCAUCAUCCGUUAUUUGGAACUAAUAAUACAAUCCCUGUACUUUCGCAGAAGCUCUUGGAAAGGAGCUUUCUGUUGAUUUGUUUUUGAAGACCGCUGAUGGAAUGGACUCAUCAGAAGAGUUAAAAACAAAGCAGUAAGGCUGCUCGCCCUGCGUUUAGAUUUUUAGCGAAUAUACCUUCCGCCUGGCCACGGGUUCAUGAGACUCUUGUUGAGGGACUGAAAGGAUACGUUUGCUUGUUUUUUUUCUUCAUGAUCAAAAGGUGUGAGAAGCAUCAAUCUGGCCUGUUUCAGUUAACAUUUCACAUGGGUCAGGUUCACAGUGUGGCUACAAAAGAUGUUAUGCGCUGCCCAAAAAUGACGGAUUGUUCACCAUGACGUACGUACGCUUUAUGAUGCACCGAGAACCAGUUCAA